CACAAUCCCCAAUCUCCCAUAAUCUCCCACUUCCAUCUUCUUCUGGCUCAAAUUCUCUCUUCAUAUCUCAUGGAUGAGAUUCACAGCCCCCAAUUCUCUCCUCUCACUACUCAAACAAACAAGCUCUACCCUUUACUCAAAUCCCAUCAAGACUUCCGAAACUAUCAAAUUCCGAGUUAAACAAAGCUUGUUUCCAUCGGUUUCGACGUCUCUCGACGCACACGAGAGACGGUUAGCCUUGUCCGUAGGCACCUAUUAUGAUUCCGGAGUCUUUUCAGAGAAUGGUAAGCAUAGCAUUUAUUUUGCAGCGCCUUUGUGUAGAUUUCUAAGAUGGUGAGGACAAGAGGAUGAUGGGGACAUCAGUCCUUAACCACAACCAUCAUUUAUUGCCCUCUAAAGACAUACAACAAAGUUUAGAUUUGAGUUUGAAGCAGAAGGAGCAGGAAUGUUUGUGCCUUCUAAAGAAAUGCAAGAGCUUAGAAGAAUUCAAACAAGUUCAUGUUCAAAUUCUGAAGUUGGGUCUUUUCUGGGAUUCUUUCUGCUCAAGCAGUCUUUUGAGCACUUGUGCGCUCUCAGAUUGGAGCAGCAUGGACUAUGCCUGCUCCAUUUUCCAACAGCUAGAUGAACCUACCACAUUUCAUUUCAACACAAUGAUCAAAGGCUAUGUUAACAACAUGAACUUUGAGAGUGCUCUAAAUCUGUAUGCCGAUAUGUUUCAAAGAGAAGUAGAACCCGACAACUUCACGUACCCGGUAGUUCUCAAGGCUUGUGCUCGGUUAGCAGCGAUCGAGGAAGGGAUGCAGAUUCAUGGUCAUGUAUUCAAGCUAGGUUUGGAAGAUGAUCUAUUUGUACAGAAUAGCUUAAUCAAUAUGUAUGGGAAAUGUGGGGAUAUCGAACUGUCUUGUGCUGUUUUUCGACGUAUGGAGGAAAAGAGUGUGGCUUCUUGGAGUGCUAUAAUUUCAGCUCAUGCUCGUGUUGGAUUGUGGCGGGAAUGUUUGAUGUUGUUUGAGGAUAUGAGUACAGAAGGAUGUUGGAGGGCUGAGGAAAGUAUAUUAGUCAGUGUGGUCUCUGCUUGCACCCAUUUGGGUGCUCUUCAUUUAGGAAGAUGUGCCCAUGGUGCUCUAUUGAGAAACAUAACUGAACUAAAUGUUGCGGUUAGGACUUCCUUAAUGGAUAUGUAUGUGAAAUGUGGGUCGCUUCAGAAAGGAUUAUGUCUCUUCCAGAACAUGACCAAAAGGAAUCAACUAUCCUAUAGUGUCAUAAUCUCAGGGCUUGGCUUACAUGGACAUGGUAGACAAGCUCUAAGAAUCUUCUCAGAAAUGGUUGAAGAAGGCUUAGAGCCUGAUGAUGUUAUCUAUGUUGGUGUGCUUAGCGCUUGUAGUCAUUCCGGCCUUGUCGAAGAAGGUCUUGAUCUCUUCAAUAGGAUGAAGAACGAGUGCGGGAUUAAACCAACAAUGCAGCAUUAUGGCUGCGUGGUAGACCUGAUGGGACGAGCUGGUUUGCUUGAAGAAGCAUUUGAGCUUGUGAAAGGUAUGCCUAUAAAAGCAAACGAUAUAAUUUGGCGGAGUAUUCUAAGUGCUUGUAAGAUUCAUGACAACUUAAAGCUUGGUGAGGUAGCUGCAGAGAAUCUAUUUCGAUCGUCUUCGCAUAAUCCUAGCGAUUACCUAGUUUUGUCUAAUAUGUAUGCAAGAGCUCAACAAUGGGAGAAUGUAGCUAAGAUCAGGACAAAAAUGUUCGAUGAUGGCUUUGUCCAGACACCAGGGUAUAGCUUGGUGGAGGUGAAAAGGAAGGUAUACCAAUUUGUUUCACAGGAUAAAUCGAACUGCAAAUCGGGUAAAAUCUACGAGAUGAUUCAUCAGAUGGAAUGGCAAUUGAGAUUUGAAGGCUAUAUGGCAGAUACAUCACAGGUUAUGCUUAACGUAGAUGAAGAAGAAAAGAGAGAGAGAUUGAAAGGUCAUAGCCAGAAGUUGGCUAUAGCUUUUGCGCUCAUUCAUACUUCACAGGGAUCUGCAAUAAGGAUAACUAGAAACCUGAGAAUGUGUACUGACUGUCAUACAUACACUAAACUGAUUUCAAUGAUCUAUGAACGAGAAAUUACUGUAAGAGACCGGAAUCGGUUCCACCGUUUUAAAGAUGGAAACUGCUCGUGUAGGGAUUACUGGUGAAUCACUGAACUGUUCAACUAUGAUUUAUGGGAGAAAAACUUUCCCAUAUAUUUUUAUUUUGAA